AUAAAUUUUAUUGUACCAAAGUUCCGUCUGUCGUUAAUGUUUUACACGUUACCCAAACACGAAAAACUUGCAUUAACUUUGGCAUGAUGUGAAGUCAUGUAUAUGCGCAUGGCGUGCUUCAGCAUAUAUAUGGUAUGUUUAAUACAACCGCUGUAUAUAUACCGUAGCCGUAUGAGGUGCGUAACUCCUCCUUGUACCUUUUAAUGCUUUAUGUUUACAUAAUUCUUUUUCGAGCGUCAGCAGGCGGCGGAAAUGACGUCAAUGCGCUGCAUCCUUCCUUUGCUUAGCGAUUAUUCAAUUCACUUUUGAUAGCGAAUGCACCAGUACACCUAUAUACGUUGCAUAGUGACGAAGCACUGGCAAUAAUUCCAGCAAACUGACAGUUAUAGAUGAUUGUGUAUACGCGGCAGUCUGACUGUGGAAAUAGAUGCAGUAAUAUUUAUAACAACACUAUGAGUCAGGGCGUAUAUACUCAACUUAUACGCGUGCCAGGCAGAACUGUAUAUGUUAGUCGUCUUAUCCAGAUUUCGCGCGCUGACGCUCUCAGUUAUGAAUGUAUAUUAUGCAGUGAGGCCAUAUAGAACGAUUAUAGCGAAAAUACGGUUGUGUAACACAAAACAUGCACGAAUGACGUAUAUCGCCAUCGUGAAAUGUGGGGUUAAGAAUAGAACAUAAACUCAAAAGACGUUUGUAAUCCCGAAAACAAGUACUAAGCUGGCAAAAGACAGUUCACCAUUUAGAAAUAGCAGUAGCACCAUGAACAGUUGUUUUGAAUAAAUUUCCAUUUAAUUUAGACUCGCGGUUAUUUUAGUCUGUGCUGUAUAUGAGAUAUAACUGUACAGUUUGUUCACUUAUAAUGGCCACUGGAUUAAUGCAUUCUCCUAUACACCGGACAAUGUCACCUGACAUAGCUGUGACGUCAUACGAUGAUGGGCCAGUGACGUCACCGACUAUGAGGUCACAGGUACAGGACUUCACGUCACUAGCGCCACCACAAACAUCGAAAUAUGACACUAGUGAUGGAGAGAGAAGCGACAGAUAUUACACCGCAUCAUCGGGAGAUGAAAAUUUCGAUGAUGAUUACGAUGACGACGAUGACGAAGACGGGAUGUGCAUUAGGUUGGAUAGCGAUGAUGAUACGACGAGUUUAUCCGGUCUUCACAUAAAUUUAAAAACCUUACAAGCUGUGUCGUCCAUGUUAGCACACUACCACCCUAUUAUACAGAGUGAUCCCUAUGGCAACCCAAUCUUCGUUGCGCCACCUCCUCCCGAGGACGAGUACUCGGAACAGGAUGAAGCAAUGGCUUCAGCUUCUGGGCGAGACUUCCUCGGUUCCACCACGUCACAUGACACGACAUUGACUGGAGAUGACGAUUACCAAUGCGCCCUGCAAGAACUCGAUGACGUCAUAAUAGGGCAAGAUCAAACGCUUCUUUCAGACGCCCUCACCGAACUAACUGACGUCAUGGAAAAGAUGACGUAUUUCUCCGCCGAAGCCGUAGACGACAUAUAGUGACGUCAUCACCAAUUCUGCAAGAGUGACGUCACAAAAAGCGAAGCAGCGACUCCGCCUUUCCGAGCGACGUUUUGACCUUGAUGACGUAACGGAUGUGACGUAACAAUCCGUGUUUAUUGCAAGUGCAGUGCGCUAAUGUAUCGCGUCAAAAUUUCAAUGAAAAAAGCGCAAAAAAAACAAAUAAAUUAUUCGAAUGUUCCACCUACAGAACGAAAAUAAAUCUCCAGCAUU